CACGUGGUCACUGCUGGGCGACUGAAGAUAUGACACGUGUGAUUAUGACAUAUAACACAGUAAUGCAAUUCCUUUGAUGCAAAAUGCUGACCAGAAACAAUGUUUGACAAAUGAAACGUGUGGCGUGUGCAAAGGGAAAUUCACAAUAAUCUACAAUAGACCAAAAACGCGUGGCAGACAGCGACAAUGAACCUUCCGUCGUCGACUUCGGUGACGUCAACUUCGGAUUCGGCCGAUGCGGCGGCUUAUUACCCGGAGAUAUGCGACCGUUGCGGCAGCCGAGAUUCCUGGGUCAUACACCCGGCACGUUUACGUUGCGUCCUCAGCUUCUACUGCACGCACUGCCUCCUACGCGAACACCCGACGUCGUUUUGCCCCUCCUGCUUCGCCUUCUACGAUUCUUCUCCGCCGCACCAUUCUCGCCGCGUCUCCUGCUUCGACUGCGGCUCCUACACUCACAUCCACUGCGCCGGCGACGACGCGGUAUCCCCUCCUUACCGCUGCCCUCCUUGCCGUGACCCUGACUCAUUCUCCUUCUUCCGCCCUAUUAUCGACGCCAACGGCGUUCGAUGCAUCGAUAAAUCUCUCUCGGCUGCAUUUUUAUGCGCCGCCAAGAUCUCCGCGUCUUCCAUGAACAAAGCCGUUAACUUCGCUAGAUGCGAAGCUGAGCGGAAAGGAAAAGACGCUGCCGUGGCUAAAAAGAGAGCACGCGAGGCUCUAGAUGACGUCAUCAAGCUCGACAAGAAGGCGAAGUCGGACGUUCGCGCGAAUCGAGAUCAGAAACCAAACAUGAGCCCUGCUGCAUCCGCCAAUUCGGAUCAGCUCAAGAAACAGAACCCUUCGGUUCAGUUAGCUAAAGUUAAGAACGAACGUUGAUGUUUCGUCUGAACGAGAGAGACGAGUAUGAUAACUAAGAAGCAUUUUGUCUUCUUGAUGAAAUAAGCUUCAAGCUUAGAUUGAUUAUGCCGGUCAUCUCCUUUAUUUUUGGGGUCUUUUACUGACUAUGGACACCCACAUGCGUCAGUUGAAUAUCUUAAGCUCUAUUUCCUCUGUUUUAUAAUAUAAAGUUGUUUUAGAAGAAUUUUACAUUUCAAUGGAUUGUGUAACUUUUUUUUUAUUAGUUAAAUUACAUCUAU